AUGAAUCAAAAUUUUCAACUCAUCUUCUUCAUUACCAUCUUCUUAUGGAAAUUAUUUGGAAAUGGCAAAGCAGAGGAGCUGUUCCCGGUCGGUGUCGUCCUUGACACGGCAACACUCGUUGGAAAAAUGGGCACAACCAGCAUUUCAAUGGCAGUGGAUGAGUUCUAUAAAACUCAUCAAAACUACAGCACAAGGCUUGUUAUUUAUACAAGAGACUCUAAGAAUGAUGUUGUAGAAGCUGCAAAUGAAGUUAUGGAUCUGUUGAACAAAAAACAAGUGAAAGCAAUCAUAGGACCUCAGAAAUCAUCACAAGCAGUGUUCGUCUCCAACCUUGGAGACAAAGCUAAGGUUCCCAUCAUCUCAUUCUCUACAUCAAGUCCAGUACUCUCCUCCAUCACCACUCCUUACUUCCUCCGAUCAACGGUCAAUGACUCGGCGCAGCUUGCCGCCGUCUCAUCGAUCACCAAACUCUUCGGUUGGAGACAAGUUGUCCCUGUAUAUGAAGACUCUGAGUAUGGAAGAGAUAUUGUGCCAUAUCUAGUCGAUGAAUUGGAAAAGAUCGACGCGAAAAUCCCUUACCGGAGUGUUAUCGCCUUAUCGGUAACUGAUGAUCAGAUCAAGAAGGAGCUCUACAAACUAAUGACAAUGCAAACCAGAGUGUUCUUGGUCCACAUGUCAGCUCCAAUGGCUUCACGUUUAUUCAUGAAUGUAAAACAAGUGGGAAUGAUGAGCAAAGGCUAUGCAUGGAUCAUGACUGAUGGAAUAGCAAACAUUGUGGACUCGUUUGAUCCUCAAGUCAUAGAUUCAAUGCAAGGUGCUCUUGGAGUGAAGCUCCAUGUUCCAAGAACAAAGGAGCUCAACGAGUUCAGUUUUAGAUGGAAGAGAAGGUAUCAGAAGGAGUACCCAUAUGAAGAGCCAGCUGAGCUUAGUGUCUUUGGUUUAUGGGCAUAUGAUACAGUGUUUGCACUAGCAAUGGCAGUAGAGAAAGCAAGUGGAUCAAAUGGAGAAGUCCUAAAAUAUAUUCAAGAGGAGAAGUUCAAUGGAAUGAGUGGAGAGUUUCAUUUUGUUGACCGCCAGUUGAAGUUAUCCACUCUCCAAGUGGUGAACAUAGUUGGAAUCGGAGGGAGAGGUGUUGGGUUUUGGAAACCAGAGAAUGGGCUUAUUACAAGUACUAGCUCAAGCUCCAAUAAUAAUGGUGGCCUGAAUCCUGUGAUAUGGCCUGGUGAAUCUACUGAAGUUCCAAAAGGUUGGGAGAUUCCGGUGAGUGGCAAGAAGUUGAGAGUUGGAGUUCCAGUGAAGGAUGGAUUCUUUGAGUUUGUGAAGGUUGAGCACAAUCCUGUCACCAAUGGAAGCAUUGUCACUGGUUUUUGCAUUGAUGUUUUUGAUACUGUGAUGCAGAGCUUGCCUUAUGCUGUCUCUUAUGAGUACAUUCCCUUUGAAGAUAGCAAAGGUGACAGUGCAGGCACGUACAAUGAGCUUGCUUACCAAGUUUAUCUACAGAAAUUCGAUGCUGUUGCCGGAGAUAUGGCGAUCAUUGCUAACCGAUCACAGUUUGUGGACUUCACAUUGCCUUAUACUGAAUCAGGAGUUGUGAUGACUGUUCCUAUCCAAGAAGAUGAGAGAAUGAAUGCAUGGAUCUUCUUAAAGCCAUUGGCUUUAGAUCUUUGGUUAGGAAGUUUAGGCUUCUUCUUCCUUACUGCCUUAGUUGUUUGGCUUAUCGAGCAUCGAGACAAUGAGAAGUUCAAGGGUUCUCCUUGCGAACAAGUCGGCAUUGUCUUAUACUUCACUUUCUCCACUCUAGUCUUUGCUCACAGGGAGAAGGUGGAGAGCAACUUCACAAGGUUUGUGAUGAUCAUAUGGUUGUUUGUAGUGUUGAUACUGACGCAAAGCUACACGGCAAGCUUGACAUCGAUGCUAACCGUGCAGCAGCUACAACCAACAGUCACUGAAGUCGAACAGCUCAUUAGAAACGGUGAUUCAGUGGGGUAUCACAAAGGAUCAUUUGUGAAGGAGAUGCUAAUAAAUGAACUUCACUUUGAUAAGUCCAAGCUUGUUGCUUUGGGAGGCUCUGAUGACUAUGUUGAAGCUCUAUCUAAAGGAAGCAGAAACAAUGGUGUCUCUGCUGUGUUCCAUGAAAUCCCAUACAUGAAGCUCUUCCUUGCUAAACAUUGCAAGAGUUUCAUGAUGGUUGGACCAACAUACAAGACUGCAGGAUUUGGGUUUGUUUUCCCCAAGGGAUCACCAUUGGUUCCUGACGUAUCACGAGCAAUCCUAAACAUAUCACAAGGUAGUAAAAUGGCAGGAAUUGAGAAGAAAUGGAUUGGAUAUGAGAGCAAGUGUCAAGAACAAGAGAGUCCUUUGAAUUCUCACCGUCUGGAUUUCAGGAGCUUUGCAGGAUUGUUUCUUAUUACUGGUCUCACUUCCAUUAUUGCUUCUUUCAUAUAUUUAGUUUGGCCUGCUGUUUUAAUAAAUUUUAAUAUUGUUAAAGCCUUGACGUCCAAAUACUUCAAGAAAAGGGACAAUACUUUUGAAGGAACGCCAGUUGAUGAUGGUUCAACUAGUCCUGUGAGCACUGAAGCAAAUAUGUCAGCUAUUCAAAGUCCUGUUUCAGAACAUCAUACUUAG